CCUCUUCAUCUUCUUGGAGAAAUUGAUAGAUAGAGAUUAUACAUACGUAGAGAGAGAAGAAUAGAGGAAAGGACGAGAAGAAAAAGGAAGAAGUUGUGGGGUGAUGGGAAACUGCUUUGGAGGCCCUGAGAAUUCUGUCAACCCUGUGGCCACCGGACCUCGCGGUCCAGGAUGGUCGACGACGACGACCGGCGGCAACAGAGAGCUAUCGACGGUCUUCACCGGCACCGUCGAACAGUCAUUGGACGGCAGCUCCAGAACCGAAGAGGCGUUCCCAAACCUUCGGAUCUUUGCGUUUAAUGAGCUGAAGAGUGCCACACGUAGCUUCCAGGCUGCGAACAUGAUCGGGGAAGGAGGAUUUGGGGUUGUGUACAAGGCUUGGGUCGACAAGAAGACGUUGACUCCGGCAAAUAAUAGGGUGGGGAUGGCCGUCGCUGUCAAAAAAUGGAAGCCUGAGAGCUUCCAAGGAUUCAGCGAGUGGCAGAAAGAGGUAGAUAUCCUGGGGAAGAUGUCGCAUCCCAACCUCAUCAAUCUCUUGGGCUACUGCUGUGAAGACGACGAGCUCCUCCUCGUCUACGAGUUCAUGGAGAAAGGCAGCUUAGGGAACCACCUCUUCCCACAGGGAGCAGCUGUGCAGCCACUGUCAUGGGAGCAGAGGCUGAAGAUUGCGGUCGGUGCUGCUCGAGGUCUUGCAUUUUUACAUUCCCCAGAGAAUCGCAUCAUCCAUCGAAACUUCACCUCCUCCCACGUCCUUCUUGAUUCAAACCUCAAUCCGAAGCUCACCGGGCUGGGGAUCGCGAGGGAAAGCCCAACUGAUGCAGAGUCUCACGUCUCGACCAGAGUCAUGGGCACCUACGGAUAUGCCGCACCAGAGUACAUAGCAACUGGCUAUUUGACUGCGAAGAAUGAUGUGUAUGGAAUGGGAGUGGUGUUGCUGGAAAUGCUCUCUGGGCAGAGGGCGUUGGAUGCGAGCCGGACAGGCAAACAACGGUUGGUGGAAUACGCGAAGCCCUACGUCUCGGAUCACCCGAAGUUGGCUCGCCUCAUGGACCCGAGACUGGAGGGGCAGUAUCCGGUGAAGGCGGCUCUUUCUGCGGCGCGACUGGCCAAGAGCUGCGUUGCAGACGAUCCUAAAGCUCGCCCGUCCAUGGAUGAGGUUGUGGAGACUCUUCAGCAGAUUGAAGCUAUGAAUUAAUGCGAUGAAUGAAUCUUACUGUCUGCAGAACAUGUGCUCAGGAUUGAAUAAUAUAUGUAAUGCAAUUGUCUUCCUUCUUCGAUUA